UUCCCAUGUGCACUGAACUUCUGGUGGUUUUCAUCGCUGCUUUUUGGUUUUGUUUGUGAGAAACAGUCGAAGCCUUUGAGUGUUACAGAAGAACAGUGAAAAAGAACUGAGUUCAUGAUGUUAUCCUUAAGCUUCCUCGCCUCAUUGCCGGAGGAUCACUUUCAGUGCUCCAUCUGUCUGAGUGUCUUCAGCGACCCGGUCACCACCCCAUGUGGCCACAACUUCUGCAAGACCUGCCUGAGCGAUCACUGGGACAAAAGCGACACAUGCCACUGCCCCAUGUGUAAUAAAAGAUUCUACAUAAGACCUGAGAUCUCCACAAAUGAGGUCAUCGAGGAGAUUUCUACCGAAAUAAAGCGGCGGAAACUUGAAAUGCCCGAGAGUGACACUGCACCGUGGCAGGUGAAGUGUGACGUUUGCACGGAGACCAAAUUCAAGGCUUCGAAGUCAUGUCUUGUUUGUUGGACAUCGUACUGCGAAGCCCACCUGGAACCUCACCACAGAGUCCCUGCCCUGAUGAGACACAAGCUGAUCGACCCGGUGGAGAACCUGGAGGAGAGGAAGUGUGAGAAGCACGACAGACUUCUGGAGCUUUUCUGCAGGGAUGAGCAGGUGUUUAUCUGUCUGCUGUGCAGUGAGACCGACCAUAAAGACCACGAGACGGUUCCUGUUGAAGAAGAAGCAGCUCAGCAGAAAGAGGAUAUUGGGUCCAAACAGGCAAGGAUUAAAAUGAUGAAUGACGAAAGAGUGGAAAAGAUAAAGGAAUUUACAAACUCAUCUGAAAUAACCAAAGAGAAAGCUGAAAAAGAAAUUGAAGACAGUGAAAAGCUCUUCAGUAAUCUGAUGACUCAUGUACAAGAGACACAGACUAAACUGACAACGAAUAUCAAAGAGAAGCUGAGAAAAUCACAGAAGAAAGACAGCGCCAUGAUCGAAGAGCUGCAAGCGGAAAUCAAUGAACUGCAGAAGACGUAUUCUGAGCUGGAGGCGCUUUCGCAAAGUGACGACUCUUUUCAACUCCUGCAGACUUUACAGACCUUGAACACCAUGUCAGCUACCAAGAACUGGUCUAAUAUCGGUGUGUACUCGGACCUGUGCGUGCAGACGGUGAGGAGAGCCAUGACUCGUCUUGUCCACUAUUUUCAAUCAGAGCUGAAAGCUCUGACUGAGAAAGAAUUGACCAAGAUGAAACAAUAUAAAGAGUCGGUGACAUUCGAUUCUGACACUGCUGGUUGCGGCCUUGUCGUGACUGAAUUUGGAAAACGCUUGAAGUACUUCAGCAAUGCCAGGGACUCUCCUUCUGAUGACCUCUUCAAGUUUGACUGUCCCAUGGUUUUGGGAAAGACAGGCUUCACAUCUGGACGCCACUACUGGGAGGUCAGAGUGGGACUGAGAAACAACUGGGAUAUUGGAGUUGCAACAGCAACCGCGGACAGAUCAGGAAAGAAAGCCCUGAGGAGAGAAAACGGCUUCUUUGCCAUCGGAAAAAGGGGUUUCGAUUAUCAGGUUCAUUGCACACCCUACACGGUUCUUAACCUGUGCCCCAGGCCGAGGGAUAUAGGAGUGUAUUUGGAUUACAAUGAAGGCAGAGUCUCUUUCUUUGAUGUGGACAGAAAGCAGCACAUUUAUUCUUUCACACAAGCAUCAUUCACUGGGAAGGUCUUCCCAUACUUCUACCUGCACAGCAGAGCCAAGAAAUCUGAGCCUUUGGUCAUUUCCUCAAUGGAAGAUUGGGCGUCACUUGUUGCUCGCCUUCGUUCUGUCGAACAGGAUAAAAAAUAAGUCGCUGGAAGAUGUGAGAUUAAACAUUGCAAGACCAAAAUGGUUCAUUUCAGAUUAAGCUAUAAAAAUAUACAGCAUGUCCCCUGAGUUGCAUUGUUCAUUAAACUUGAGAGACAGAUAAAUAUAAAAUUAUGAUGCUUUAAAUCUCCAGAAGGAACAAACCUGUUAUUGAGUCAUGCCCUUUGAGCCAAAAAUGAGAGUGAUCUGGCUGCAGACUGCCGCUCUGAGAUAUCUCUCUUGCAGACCACCACUGAGAGACACCAUCAGAACAGGUGUGACGUAGUUUGCUGCUACAGCUUGUUUGCUGUUUUGAAAGUAGUUAUGUGAAUGUUGGCUUGCUUUCGCUAUGUAGCUAAAGCUAACAUAGUUUGGCUAGCUAUGAAGUUAACAUUGGUACAUUAGCUAAUAUAGCUACAUAAGCUAAAGUAGCUAUGCUAGCUUUAGUAAAUGUAGCAUAAACUGAUGUAGAUAGCUUAGCUACGUAAGCUAUCAUAACCUCUUUAGCUUUAGCCAUAGCUACAUUAGCAGCAAUAGUGUGUUUUUAUGGAGGACAAGCUUUUGCCUGUAAGCAGGAUGUUUCAUUGGUCAUAUUAAAUGUUUUGUAAUUAGAUUUUACAGGUCAGGUUAGUUACUUGGGCUGCACGGCAAUGCAGUGGUUAGCGCUGUUGCCCCACAGCAAGAAGGUCCCUACCGGGAAUUGAACCAGGUCGGGGAAGUGAACCAGAGACCUUGCGGAGUUUGCAUGUUCUCCCUGUGCACUUGUGGGUUCUCUCCAGGUACUCCGGCUUCCUCCCACCACCAAAAACAUGCUCA